CCAAAACCCUAAACCCUCCUGCAAUUCAACAAGCUGUGAGCACCAUUAGAGCGCGAGAACAGAAGGUAAACCAGUUAAAGAGUUGCAAUGGUGAAGGCGUACCUAAGGUACGAGCCGGCGGCUGCUUUCGGCGUUAUAGUAUCGGUGGAGUCCGACAUCACAUACGACUCCACCGGAAAGUAUCUGCUAGCUCCGGCGCUCGAGAAGGUCGGCGUGUGGCACGUCCGGCAAGGCGUCUGCACCAAAUUCCUAACUCCUUCUCCUUCCGCGCGAGCUCACUCUCCUGCUGUCACCUCGAUAGCCUCCUUUCCUUCUCUGGUGGCCAGUGGGUAUGCGGAUGGUAGUAUAAGAAUUUGGGAUUUUGACAAAGGAACCUGUGAGACCACGUUGAAUGGGCAUAAGGGAGCUGUGACUGCGCUAAGGUACAAUAAGCUUGGUUCUCUUCUUGCAUCUGGAGGCAAAGACAAUGAUAUUAUAUUAUGGGACGUUGUUGGUGAGACUGGCCUUUUUCGUCUUCGUGGGCAUCGAGACCAGGUUACGGAUCUUGUUUUCUUGGAAUCUGGUAAAAAGCUUGUUUCCUCCUCCAAAGACAAAUUCUUGAGAGUGUGGGAUCUUGAAACCCAGCAUUGUAUGCAAAUAAUUAGCGGUCAUCAUAGCGAGAUUUGGUCCAUAGAUGUGGACCCUGGAGAAAGAUUUCUGGUCAGUGGCUCGGCGGACCUGGAACUUCGGUUUUACACUGUUAAAGAUCACUUGCUGGGUGGAUCUUCCAUUUCUAAUACAAAUGAAAACAAAAGUGAGAGUAAUGGAGACUUGUCAACUCAAAAUAAAUGGGAAGUUUUGCUGCAGUUUGGUGAAAUUCAGCGACAAAGCAAGGAUAGAGUUGCAACUGUUAGGUUCAAUAAUUCAGGAAAUUUGCUGGCUUGUCAAGUGGCAGGGAAGACGGUUGAGAUAUUCCGGGUACUUGAUGAAGCUGAGGCAAAGCGUAAAGCAAAACGUAGGCUUCACAGAAAGGAGAAGAAAUCUGCAAAGGGAGCAGUUGAAGAAACUGAAAAUGGAGAUGCAAGUCUUGGAACUGAAGAAGCUGGAAGCAUUCCUGUGGUUACAGUCCCUGAUGUUUUUAAGCUUCUUCAAACUGUUCGAGCUAGCAAAAAAGUUUGUUCCAUUUCCUUUUGUCCAAUUACUCCCAAGAAUUCACUAGCUACUUUAGCAUUGUCUUUGAACAGUAACUUAUUGGAGUUUUACACCAUCGAAAGCAAUGCAAAUAAAAAAUCACUUGCUAUUGAACUCGAGGGACACCGUUCUGAUGUCAGGAGUGUUACCCUAAGUGCUGACAACACUCUUUUGAUGUCAACCAGUCACAAUGCCGUAAAGAUAUGGAAUCCAAGUACUGGUGCUUGUCUUCAAACUAUUGAUUCUGGGUAUGGAUUAUGUGGUUUAAUUGUUCCUCAUAAAAAGUAUGCUCUUGUUGGAACCAAGAGUGGAAAAUUAGAAAUUAUUGACAUCGGGAGCGGCACUUGCAUUGAAGCAGUAGAUGCUCAUGGCGGCUCUGUCAGAUCCAUUGCUGCCAUUCCAAAUGAAAAUGGUUUUGUCACUGGAAGUGCAGAUCAUGACGUUAAAUUCUGGGAAUACCAAAUCAAAAAGAAACCUGGUCAAGAUUCUAAGCAACUCACAGUCUCAAAUGUGAGGUCUUUGAAGAUGAAUGAUGAUGUGUUAGUGGUUGCUGUCAGUCCUGAUGCUAAGUAUAUUGCUGUUGCUCUACUUGAUUGCACAGUAAAGGUUUUCUUUAUGGAUUCCUUCAAAUUUUUCCUUUCCUUGUAUGGUCACAAGCUACCUGUUCUCUGUAUGGAUGUUUCAUCAGAUGGAGAUUUGAUUGUGACUGGUUCUGCAGACAAAAAUUUGAAGAUUUGGGGUUUGGAUUUUGGUGACUGUCAUAAAUCAAUUUUUGCUCACACUGACAGUGUUAUGGCAGUACAGUUUGUUCACAAUACCCAUUACAUGUUUAGCGUGGGGAAAGAUCGCCUUGUCAAAUAUUGGGAUGCUGAUAAGUUUGAGUUGCUUUUAACUCUUGAGGGACAUCAUGCAGAUGUUUGGUGUCUGGCAAUUAGCAGCCGUGGAGACUUUGUGGUGACAGGAUCUCAUGACAGGUCUAUUCGCCGUUGGGAUCGUACUGAAGAACCAUUUUUCAUUGAGGAAGAGAAGGAAAAGAGGUUGGAGGAGCUGUUUGAGUCUGACAUUGACAACGCAUUUGAAAACAGGUAUGCCCUUAAGGAAGAAAUUCCAGAGGAGGGUGCUGUAGGUGUAGCAGGAAAGAAGACUCAAGAAACCCUUAGUGCAACUGAUUCAAUCAUUGAUGCAUUAGAUGUUGCAGAAGUGGAGUUGAAGCGUCUUGCUGAACAUGAGGAGGAGAAGACAAGGGGACAACCCACUGAGUUCCAACCAAAUGUUAUCAUGCUUGGGCUAUCUCCAUCUGAUUAUGUUCUCCGUGCCAUUUCAAAUGUAAACACGAACGAUCUGGAGCAGACCUUGCUGGCUUUGCCAUUCUCUGAUGCAUUGAAGCUUCUCAAUUACUUGAAGGAUUGGAUUCCAAAUCCUGAUAAGGUUGAGCUUGUUUGCAGGUUGGCAACAGUGUUAUUGCAAACACAUCAUAGUCAGUUGGUUUGCACUCCAGCUGCCAGACCAUUGUUGACAGUUCUCAAAGAUAUCCUUUAUGCUAGAGUCAAGGAAUGCAAAGAUACAAUUGGCUUUAAUCUUGCUGCAAUGGACCAUCUGAAGCAAUUGAUGGUUUCAAGAUCUGAUGCGCUCUUUCAAGAUGCCAAGUCAAAACUACUAGAAAUCCGUUCACAACAGUCGAAACGAUUGGAAGCAAGGACAGAGACAAAAACAGAAAGAAAGAAAAAGAAGCAGCAGAAGAAAUGAAAUCAUCUGCAUGCCUGGAGCUGAUUUAGUGGCAAGAGAACCGCAGUAAGAAAGGGAAAGUUAGUAAGAAGAGAGAUCUGUUAUAUUCCUUCUGAAGAUAUUGAAUAUAUUCACAAGUCCCAGAUGAAACACUGGCAUGUUUGAACAGAAAAUAUCAGAGUUAACAACGUUGGGGAUUUGUGUUCCUGUUUGGUCAAUGGCUUGGAAUAUAGCAGAAACUUUUUGGUGAGAAAUCCGUUGCACCAUCACAUGAGGUGGUGAUAGGAAAGAGAAAGAUCCUGAUCAGUAGCCCGCCACUGCGCCCGUGCAAGAGAAGUGUUGUUUCUUAUUUUCUCUUUUUGACAAGUGAGAGAAUAUAUAUUGGUCAACAUGAUUGAGAGAGAUUUUUUAUUUUGUAACUCUUUGAUCCUUAAUUUUCACACUGUAAUAUAUGUAACUUAUUGAGCAGUUCAAUCUAACUUUGCCAAGUUUUGCCA